AUGGACAGGAUGACGGAAGACGCUCUGCGCCUCAACCUCUUGAAACGGAGCUUGGACCAAGCAGACGAUCGCGAUGACAUGCUUGAACCCGAGGCGGAAAUGAAGUCGACGUUUCGCGGUCCUGGGGGAGUCUCGCUGGUGUCGGCGAGGUCCCUUUGGCCGGACGCCGCGGAGCGGAGCCUGCUCUCUGGAAGGGCUGACCAGGACAGGGGACGAUUAACCCCUUCGCCGGAUAUCAUCGUCCUCUCCGAUAAUGAGGCAUCCAGUCCCCGUUCGAGCUCGCGGAUGGAGGAGAGACUUAAGGCGGCGAAUCUUGAAAUGUUUAAGGGUAAAAGCAUCGAGGAGAGGCAGCAGCUCAUCAAGCAGCUCCGGGACGAGCUGCGGCUCGAGGAGGCCAGGCUGGUGCUGCUGAAGAAGCUGCGGCAAAGCCAGCUGCAAAAGGAGAACGUGGUACAGAAGACUCCGGUUGUCCAGAACGCAGCAUCUAUUGUCCAGCCAUCUCCUGCUCACGUGGGACAGCAGGGACUGUCCAAGCUUCCCUCCAGGCCUGGAGCUCAGGGGGUCGAGCCUCAGAACUUAAGGACAUUACAGGGUCACAGCGUCAUUCGAUCCGCCACGAACACGACUCUGCCCCACAUGCUCAUGUCGCAGCGCGUGAUCGCCCCGAACCCGGCCCAGUUGCAAGGGCAGCGGGUUCCGCCGAAACCCGGCCUCAUCCGCACCACCACGCCCAGCAUGAACCCAGCCAUCAACUACCAACCGCAAUCAAGUUCUUCAGUUCCUUGCCAGCGUACGUCGUCUUCAGCCAUCUAUAUGAACCUUGCCUCUCACAUCCAGCCCGGCACAGUGAACAGGGUGUCGUCGCCGCUCCCCAGCCCCAGCGCCCUCAACGACGCCGCCAACUCCCAGGCGGCCGCCAAGCUCGCCCUCCGCAAAAGCUGCGCAUCCCUCCUGCGCGUGGAGCCCUUCAUCUGCGCCCAGUGCCGCACCGACUUCACGCCGCACUGGAAACAGGAGAAAAACGGCAAGAUCCUGUGCGAGCAGUGCAUGACGUCCAACCAGAAGAAGGCGCUGAAAGCCGAGCACACCAACCGGCUGAAAAACGCCUUCGUGAAAGCUUUGCAGCAGGAGCAGGAGAUCGAGCAGAG